AUGGCAGCCUGCAGUAUUUUCGACGAAGAUGAAGUGUGUAUACCCUCCUCAAGUGGAGGGUUUAAGUAUGGUCUUGUCGUCGAAAGCUCAGAAUAUUUAAGCAGUGAUGAUGAAGACAAUACGCCCGAGGAGAGAGUCCAGAAAGGUCAAAUCAAAGUCGCCUGGCAUCCAUCUGGAGAGGAGACCGUCGUGGAUGAAGAAAAGGUGGUGCUGGUAGAUCGGUCACUGAUGCCAGGUGAUGUGGUUCGAAGACUUGUUAGUGGACAGGAGAGUCAGCGGGGAUUUGUUCAGGAGUGUAUCACCAAGUGCCAUGUGAAGAUAUUAAACACAGAACAGUACAUCUACAACAUAGAUGCUAAAGAUGUCAAAGCAUUGCAGCCUUAUGACGGUGAGUCUCGGGUGACACUGGACACUUGGGUAGGGGAUGUGAUCAUGGCAAUGGACCAAGUCAUCGUCAGGUUCCCCUGUGGAGCAAGAUGCAGAUUUGAAGACUCAGAAAUGCAGCAACUUCAAGAUGUUGAGGACAAAAGGGAAGAUUAUUCAGAGUUCAGUGUGCACAACUACUAUGAAGGUCAGAAGGUGUCUGGCUUCCCGGAGGACUAUGAUGAAGUUGAGUGGCUGAGCACGUCAAAUGUACGCGGGCCCAAGUGUAAGGUGAAGCAUCUGCUCAAGACCCCUGUCACUGUAGAACAGGUGGAAACAGAGAGUGUACAGGUUGAGUGGAUCUGUAAAGGUUUCACCCAGUCAGGGGCUGGCACAGACAAGCUGGAGGCUCCAAACAGUGUGGUCCGUGGGGACGACCUUAAAAGACUGCGCAAGCUCGAUUGUUUCGGAUUCUGUCACCAUCAAAUAGGAGACAAAGCAUAUUACACUGUGAAAGAAAAUGACACCAUUCUCCACAAAAUGUCUCCUAGGAAACAUGUCACACCUGAUAUCAUAGAAAUUAAAGCUAAAGAAAACGUUAUUGUGCUUGGUACAAAAUCUGAUACAAUAAUUGUUAAACAGAGAGGUGUGGAGAAUAGAGCUUCUGACUCCGCAAAUAACAAAAGUAAGGGAAAUCUAAAGGAUUCUUUAGUGAGAAAAGAUGCAGCGAAUGAAAUGUUAGACAUACCAAAUGGUGACAUAGGAAAUGGGGCAGUAGAAGAUACUGAAGCCGUUCAAAACACAAAUGAUGAUGGUGCAAAUGCUGAUGAUGAGUUUGAAGAUGUGGAAGACGAGGGUUCUGAAAGUGAAGGGGAGGAGUCAGAUGCUAGCUCUGCCAACUCAAGUCAUGGCAGCCUUGUACCAAGGAAGAGGAAGCCACAUGGUCUGAGUCGGUCGAUGUGUCACGGGAGGAUCAAGAAAGAGAAGAGGAUGAAGAAGGUGAAGAAGAAGAAAGUGGAGCGAGAGGUGAAGCCAGGAGACAAGGUUGCCGUGGAGAUCUGGUACACAUUCUCCACCUGUGACGUUAUGUGGCAGGAUAGCACAGUGGAGAAAGGUGUCCCCUCCCCGGAGCUGUUCCCUAUCCAUCACCUGGAUGAACUAGAAUUUUUCCCCGGGGAUUUCGUGCAGGACAAUCGGGGAACCACGGGCACAGGAUACGGGGUUGUUGUCAGCUCAGACUACAAGGAGAGAACUGUGAUGGUCAAGUGGAUCCAGCCAUAUCAGCCAGGCACAGACCUUAAGCCUGUGGAGAGUGAAGCAGUGGAACUGAGUGUGUUUGAUGUAAAGGAUCAUCCAGACUUCAAGUUUCGAUGUGGAAGCACUGUGCUUAGGGUCGGAGGAUUUGAAGCUGGUGAAGAGUAUGAGGCGGUAGGUCAGGUGUUUCGUGUUGACCCAGGUGGGACAGUGCAGGUCUGGUGGCCCAAUAACACUCUCACACACUGCUUCCCCCAGGACCUCUUCCUACCCAACGGCGAGGAUGGAAAUGAGUCAUUCAGUGAUGAUGAUGAUGAUUCCACAGAGGAGGACAGUUAUGGGGAGGAUGAAGAUGAGGGAUCUGAUGCCAGCUGGGAGACCGGAUCAGAGGAGACAGCCUCAGAGUCCGACACUGCAACAGACAAAAAGGCCAAGCCAAAGUUGGUUUGGACAGUGAAUGAUGACAAGAAGAAAGAGCUUGACGCUCUCCUAGACAGGGCAGGAAUUGCUUUGUCCGGGCUGCUGGACAUUUUUGAAAACAAGGCAGGACCUUUCUUCAAGAAGUCCAGGCAAAUCUUUCAGGACAUCCUGGCAAUCUUCAGGAGAUGCAAGGACGUGGAAAAGAUCCUCCGAUCAUCUUUCUUCAAUGAUGAUGAGGUUGCAGAUCUUAUUGCUAAUGUAAUGACUGAAGCUAAGAAAGAGAGGACAGCCAGACUUGCAAAACAGGUUGCAGAUGUGUAUAAGUCUCGAACUUGCCCUGUGAGUGCUGCAGCGCAUGCAAAUAAUGAUAAGACUAAAUUUGAAACCACUGAAGAUGUAAAGCCUGCCACCAAGGACAAAAUAAGUGUUGAUACAGAGCAUGAAAAUGUUGACAGCAAUACGCAAAAUAGUUCUGAUAACAUGGAAAAAAUAGCCAAAUGUAUUGAAGAUGGCAUUAAAGACAAGAGGGAGGAUAAAAGUAUACAAGUUGACAGUGGUAAUAUCCAGAGUGAAAAUGGCAGGAGAGAGGAGACCUUCCGAUUAUUGAAGGAAAUUAUAGAGGAUAUAAAACCAGCAGUAACUUCCAAACAAUUUAGAAAGGAAUUAGAUGAUGCUUUAUGUGAACUGAACACACAAUCUGAAUCUGUUUCAACUGAAUGUCAAAUGUGUGCCACUGGAGAAGCUGUGGAGGAAGCUUGUGUACAAAGUGCUAAUGGUGAAGAACAAGUGGGCUUAGCCAUACAGAAGGUAGGGAAAUUGGUUUUUGAAGCAGUGAAAUACUCUCCCCAUGAGCUGGUUAAGUUAAAAGAAGUUAAAAGGAAACUUGAGGCAUAUGUUGAAAGGAGGGAGAACAAUAAUCAAUUAAAUUCGGAGGAUAUAAAAAGAGAAAUUGGUGGAGAAGAAUACUGCGAUGCAGUGAUGCAUCCAAACCACAGAUCAUUGUGUAUAAACGUAUGCAAAACCUUGAACACAAGACUAAUGCUUAUUAAGCAGGAAUUACAUAAAAAAUGGCUUGCUUAUAAAUUUGAAUGUGAUGAAAAUGUGUCCGAGUUUGAACUGUUGGGAAAGAUGCAAGGCAAAGCAUUUGAUACUUUAGAAGAUGGAAAUGGACCAUGGACAGUUACAUGGGAUUGUGAAAAGGGAAAAGAUGCUGUCACCAAUAGCUCGACUAAUGAGUGUGUUCAAGAGUUGGAAAUGAUGGAAGAAAAACGCAAUUCCCAUGAAGUAGAUACCGGUAGUAACCCUAAGAAUGACUUGUCUCUGGAUAAAACUUCUGACCAGGAAAAAGACCCAAGUGAAACAAUGGGAAAAGAGAAAAAGGUUGUUGAAAACGGUGGAAUAAUCAAUGAAGGUGAUUCGUUGAAUAUGGAAAAAGAAGAUGAAAGUCAGACUGCGGGUGCCAUUUCACUACCCUCAACCAUUCCUAUGACAACAGGAGAUUCCAGCUUUGACGUUGUAAGUGAGGCUCCAUACAGCCACAGGUUCAAGUUUGAGGGAGACAAGGUCCAGGGGAAGAAGCAGUUUCUAACAGCUGUCAGAAGGGAGUGGACUUUGUUGCAAAAUGGUCUUCCAGAUGGCAUUUAUGUCAAGGUCUUCGAGGACAGAAUGGACCUGAUCUCAGUGAUGAUCAAGGGUCCCACUGCCACGCCGUAUGAGGACGGCCUGUUUGUGUUUGAUGUGUAUCUACCUCCAACCUACCCGAUCACGCCCCCUAAGUUCCACUAUCUGUCCUUCUGUAAUGAGAGGCUGAACCCAAACCUGUAUGAGGACGGGAAAGUGUGUGUCAGCCUGCUGGGAACAUGGACCGGAAGGGGUAGUGAACUCUGGACGGCUGACUCAAACUUGCUUCAGGUGUUGGUAUCGAUACAGGGUCUGAUUCUAGUCAAAGAGCCAUACUACAAUGAGGCUGGAUACGAGAAACAGCGUGGCUCCCAGCAUGGCAAGGAGAACAGCCGCAUGUACAAUGAGAUGGCCAUCGUCAAGCUGAUUGAAUCCAUGACAAAGAUGGCAGUAUCACCAGCAGGUACAUUUGUGGAAGAAACUAAGGCCCAUCUGAAGAAUACUGGUCAAAGGAUGAUUGACAGAGUGGAACGCUGGGUGGAAAUAUCGAACAAGUCAAGGAUGGGAUCAAAACACUUAGAUGUGCCAAAACAACCUCUAUGCAAUGGAAGUGAUGAGAUAACUCCACUGGGUAGCAGUCAACAAUCGAAACCGGCUGCAGGGAGCAGUGAACAGUCUCAGCAUUAUGAUGAUCAACAGACAGACAAACUUGAACCAGGAGAUAACCAGAUUGAUGAUGUUGAUGAUAGAACCCAAAUACUUUCAGAGAAGACACCUGAAGAUCCUGGCUUUCUCUUGUUGCCAGGCUCCAAAGGUUUCUGUCUUGCAGUGAAAAAACACUUGCAAAACUUUAAGGCUGUGCUUUCAAGUCAGAUUUUUAUUCAGGAAUCAUGAUUGUAGUUGGCCGUUAUAGCACAACAAUUAACUGUAAUUAGUAUGUCAAGAGAUCUGACAAUAGUAAUAAGUGCAAAAUAUAAUUUCUGCUAUUCCAAGUUUAUAUAUAUGCCUGUAUUGUUGAGUUUUCAGAGUAUGUCAGUACUGUUAUAUUUAUGCAUAGCAAAGAUGUACAGUUUGCUAACAUGUGCAUGUACAUUUAGAAAUGUUAUUAGAGGCCUGUAAAUCAAAUGUGCAGGUGCCAUAUAUAUAGUAAGCAUCCCGUCUUUUUUAAUAUUUUUUCUUAAUAAUUUUCAACCAAUAAAAAUAACAACUUUCAACUUUACAAAUCUGCUAUAGUAUGAAUAUGCUACAAGUUUGAUAUUGUCAAAUAUAGGGAACUUUGUUAACUAAUUAAAUUGAGCAGUUUAUUGUAAGAAUUUUUAAAAUAAAAUCAAACAUUUUAACUACAUGGCCCAUAUUUGCAAAGUUAUCCUGUUUGCCUUUCAACAUGCCUGUAAAUAAUAUGCUAUCAUUCGAGGUCCUUAUCACAUUCUGUGAUGGCUCUAGUUUUCAUUAGUAAGCAACCUCAAAAGUGAAGUUAUCUGAUGUGAUUCAGACUCAAAAUUGAGUUGUUGGUAAAUUAAAUGUGCUUUACAUGUCUAUAUAUAUAUAUUAUAUAUCUAUUUAAAUACAUUUGAGAUUGAAAGAUCAUUCCAUUUUUAUAAAUAACCAAAAGAAACCUUGGAUAAUCAAACCAACGAAUACUGAACAUACAUGUACAAUCUCAAAGAAGUAUUUUUAAUAGGACUUAUUAAUUAACUGUAUCAAAAAGAAUGUUAUUUUUCUGGUUUCUUAAUGCGUCAAUUUAUAAACACUUAAAAUAUUUAUUAUUUUUAUAGACAAUCAGCUGCAUAUGAAAGAAAAUGAGAUCAAUGCAUCAAUCUGUAUUUUGUUCAAAAAGGGUUACAAAUUAUUGUGUUCAUAAAAAAAAAUUCAUUUAGACAAACAGUUGUUUAAUCAAAGUACAUGCUUUUAUUUUAGUCAUGUUGAGUCAAAACCAAGAGAUCAACUAUACUGCUGUGUGUUGUUUAUUUCAAUGUUCAUUUGGCAUCUGCUUGGUAUGUAUAUGUUCAGCAACAGUUUUGAAAAUUGAAAUUUGUUAAUCUAAAUCUCUUAUUGAGUGAUGGUUAAAGGUUGUUAAUAUUUUUCCCACAAUAAAUGGGUGGGUCUGAUGCAGACACUGGGCCCAUAUUUCAUGCCCAUGAAGGGUGGCAUGUAGUAAGCAGACAGUCCGUCUGUCCCCACGUUUUUUUAUCAAUACACUUUGGCUAAGGAACCUCAAACUUGGUAGGCUGGUUGGUAAUGACCAGCAGAGGAACCCUAUUAAUUUUGAGGUCAAAGGUCUUGUAGAAUUCAAGCUGAAAAUGUGUUUCCAAUCAAUAACUGACAAACACUUAGGACCAGAGACGAGUUGACAUCCACUCCAUCUUGAAGUGACUUACCCCUGCCAUGUACAUGUACUUUGCCCUUAAAAUGUGUCAGGUCAAUAUUUCAAAACUACAUUGGAAGAAGGGUAGGGCAUCAUAAAUAUGUUAUAUACUUAAGGCUUGAUACCACCCCAACAAGGCCUUUCGGGUGCAAUGGUCACAUUCCUGUGACAGCUUUUGUUUAUUGGAAAUGCAAAGUAAUAACCCUUUAACCUGCUUAAUGUUUGAGAUUAUAUUUUCAAUUUGACUACUGACACUGACCCGCCACUUUAAAUCUAACCGAUUUGCCAAAAUAAAUGCACGCCAUAUUUGCAAAAUACAUCCAUCCCAAAUUAUAAUUUCAGACACUAAAACAUAUUUUAAAGUAUCAGUUUUACACUCUACAUCUUGACAAUAGUGCUUUCAUAUUGCAUUUCAAAUGGGUUUUUUUGCAGUUUUUGUGAUUAUACAUGUCUGUCAAAUAUGAUAAUGUGCUCAGUUUAAAGAUUCCAUUGUUAUAAAAGUAGGAUUGUUAAUAUGUUGUGACCUCAUAAUUAUGUACAAGACAAGUAUAUAUUAUUAUUUUGUAGAAGGUUUCAAUGGUGAUAGCCAGUAAAUAUUGUGAUAUUUAUUUAUGCUCCAAUGCUGCUUCUCAUUUGUUUCACUUUAUAUUACAUGUAUAAGCCAUUGGGCGUGGGCAGACAUUUACGCAACAUUGGCAUUACACCCACCCUAGCUUAUUAGGCAAAGGUAGGCAUAACAUUUUAUUGUCUGAAGAAAACCUUCCUGAAUCUGUUAAAUUUUCACUUAUUUAAACUAUAUUAACAAUGAUGGUUAUAGGAUGUUAUAGGAUUUUUUCUGCUUGUCAUUUCAUAUUGUGGAAGUGAUUUCACAUGAUCAGCACAAGCACCUGGGGACCAGUCUCAAUAAAGACCUUAGCUGAUUUUAGUCUUAAAUUGAAAUUAUCUUUGUAUCAAAGUUUCAUUAUUUUGCUACAUAUUUCAGUAAGUUGAACUUGGCCAGUAUUUGAAAUGAACACAAAGUUGAAGAAAUAAAAAAAAAAUCAAUGUGUUGUCAUUAGUGAUGUUCAUACAGAUUUAUGAUUUUUUAAAGUUACAACAAAUUCUUUGAUUCUGGUCCCUGGCCUUAUUUCUGAAAACAUCUCAAGUCCCUUAUAACAGGAUUAGGCUAAGCUCACUAUUUUUGUUUUCGUAUAUAUAUUAUUAUUUUUUUGAAAAGUUCUGAUCCUUUAAAUUGAAAAAAUCUUAUUUUAUUCAUGACAAACAUUUUUAUUUUAUAAAAUAUAGUUAUGGUAAUUUUGCCAAAUGAAAAAGACUUAAGCUACUUAUGCUUUAGCAAUUCAAGAAAUGGUGGCCAGUAACCUGCAGACUUGAUUCUGAAAUAGACUCCCUUGGAUCUGACCAUUUUUUGUUGUUAGUCAUUUCUACUUUGUGCUAAUAUUUUGUUGAUGUUGCAAGUUUAACUGAAAGGAAAGAUUGUUGGGGGGUUUUAGGAAUCAAAUUCCAUAAUAUAUAUUCUUUCCAUCUCAGUGUGAGUAUACCACGUGAUUAAUUAAGUCAUAUAUGAUACGUCAGAAGGCAACAAAGGGCAGUGUAUGCCUCUUAAAUCGCCCCGCAUUCGUUUUAUUACCGAAGUUUGAUAAGGUGAUUAGUUUCAUCAAACACUUCGACAAACCUGUUUCCAAAAUAAUCUUUUGACAGUGCUCUGUCAGACGGCCGUAUUUUGAAAAUGUUUGUCGAAGUGUUUUAAGAAACUAAACUCUCAAUCAAACUCUGGUAAAAGACUGAAAGUGGGGCUCUGUAAGCGGCUUAAGACUGCGCUAUGUUUCAUUUAAAAUGGGGAGGAAAUAUUGAAGUUAUCUUUGUUUAAAGUCUUCAUUCGAACCAAAAUAUUGCCUUCCGACGUAGCAUUUAUGACACAAUUCAUCACGUGGUACAUGUAUACACACACUGCAUCUGCUUUGUUUUAAGAAAAUGGGAAAAAAAAAUAUUUAAAAAAAAUUGUUUUGCAUAUUAUACAUACUGAUGAGUCAUCUUGCAAAUGAAAACAUAUAAUGUUACAAUCUGACAUUGAUAUAUGUUAAAUUGAGAAACCAGACAAGUUCUUCACAGUCUGGAUACAAGACGGUGAAUGUGAAAUAUUAUUGACUUUGGUCAAGCACUGCUGGCAUCAACCCCCAUGUGUGUGCUUGCUUUGACCACUUCAGUGACCAUGUUGUACACCUCAUCAACUUGAGCUUAAGACAAGCAUCCGUAUCAAGAUUAUUCAGCAGAAUUAUCUUUUGGCCAGUUUGUAGGAUUUUUCAUUUUUUGAAAAUCAGUUUUAUAAUCUAGUAUUUUUAUCUUUCAUCUAAUAAGAUUUUCUUCCAACCAUCUGGCAUUUUCUUUGUCACAAUCAGGUACGUUAUCUCUGUUUAACUCUGAAUACAAAUACAUAUAGAAUCUGUGUGACCAAAUAGUAACUUGUCAAUGUGAAAAUUGUCUGUUAUAAGAGUUUAUGAAAGCCGGUGAAUUGUACACCAAUUACACUAUUAAGUUAACUUGUUUUUCAAUUGAAUAAAACAAAUAAAACAUUU